AUGGAGAAGAGAUUGGAGGCGAUCACGAAGAAAGAUGAGUUCUUGAAUUUGGCGCAGAGAUUAUUGUAAGUCCACGUGAAAUUGAAGUUUAUAUUAUUUAGGGAAGAGAGCGAUUCAUCUGACGACGAUGUUGUCUGUAUAAAUGCUGACAGUUCCAAGGAAAAUCUAAAAAGACCCAAAAAGUUUGAAAGUAAAGAAGGUGGCAUUAGCGGGACAACUUCUAAACGAAGAAGAAGAGACAAAGAUGAAAUUGAAGCCGAGAAGGUACGUUUAUUAAGAUAGAUUUGACGAAAACAGAAUAACAAGCUUUUAGCUAAAAUUGAACGGGAAAAUCAAGUUGCCAAGAACUCCAAGUGCGAGCAGUAUUUGUACUGUUAUUGCAGCCGACUCGUGACCCUGCUGGACCGUAAGUAUUUGAUUCAAGGAAUUUAUAUAAGAUUUUAGCUUCGAUUCCAACUGCUCUCAAUAAUAUUUUCAACGAAAGGAAAAUAACUCAACAAUUGAAAGUGGAAGAUGUCGAUAAAGCUAUUGUGCUAUGGAAACGUAAGAAGAUCGCAGGGAAGGUGGUGGACAAUAAGGUGGAGCGAGAGGAACACUUGGUACGUAGUCAAAUAAGUGCCAAAUAUCAGUUAGGUUACCCAACAUCCUUUCUUGCUGGUUAUUGAUGGAGAAACCUUUGAUGUGGUUGCUUCCACAGGGCUUGUUGAAUUUGUUAAUGGCGUUCUUAGAGAACACAAGACGGGAUUACCAGCAGAUCCACAUCUAACUAUUGCCGUUCUUGGCCAUACAAAGACCAAUGCGACUCAGGUAAUGUGGAGCUUCCUUGGUAACGUGUUUUUAGAUUCAUUUCUUGAGCUUCGAUCUCUUCGAAAAGACCCAAACACAGCUUCGAUUUGUGAAAUCUCCUGGUGAAUUGUGUUUGUUGAUUGCCCAAAUGCAUCGAGCAAUUGCCAAAUAUAUGAAAAAGGAAGAGCGGGGGGAUGAGAUUCAUCUGGACACCGAUAAAGGAAUCCCCGAGGGCCCCAAACUGAUCGAGGACUGGUGGAACCGGAUGCUCGGCCUUGUCCACAGAAUGACCGAGGAUUGUCGUCGUGCCAUUGUGCGGAAUCACCCAAACCCUUUUGUUUUAAUGGACAAGUUGGACACAAUGCCCGCAGGGGAAGGAAUGCAAUAUCUGUCUGAGAUCAGAACCGAGAAUGGUCGAUUCCUCGGGCCGGCCCUCGCUCAAAAGUUGUUCUUUAUCCUCACUAGCGAAGACGGGAAAGAAGUACUCGACAAACAAUAA